AUGCGCCUUCUGACCAUCAGCCUCUUAAGCCUGGCCUGGGGAUGCCUAGCCUGGGCCCAGAAUGCUAGUCUGACCCAAGGCAACACCAUCUCUACGGAAGGACUUGUAGCCAACAGCACGCGGUUUAAUACUAUCCUCCGCGUCGACAAUGGCACCUACGGCCCGCCGGUAGAAGAGGUACACUACUUCUACAAGUACUGGCCCAUUGGUAUUGCCGUUUCGAGCACGUCGAGGAUCUUCGUCUGCUAUACGCGCGGCGAGUAUGACUAUACCGUCGCCGAGGUCAACAGCAGCACAACGGAGACACCAUACCCGUCGGCUGGGUUGAAUUUACCAUCUGACGCGCUCAACACCACGUUUAAUGGUAUAGACUUUGGCAGUGCCAACUCCACGGGUCUGAUAAGUGUGCAGGCUCUGUACAUUACCCCCGCACAGAAUGCCUCGGGCCGCCCUGAAACACUGUGGCUGCUCGACACAGGUCGACCAACCAUCCAGUCCGCCUCCACCGGGAGCUACAGUAUGCCCUACGCCCAACCCGGCGGACCUAAAGUUGUGGGUGUGAACCUGUCGAACAAUACCGUCUACACAACAUAUACGUUCCCAUCGACGGUGCACUACCCCGAUUCGUACAUGAACGACGUCCGCUUCGACCUGCGCCCCGGCCGCGAGGUCGCCUACAUCGUCGACUCCAGCAACGAGGGCCGCAACGGGUUCAUCAUGUUGAACCUGACAGAUGGGUCGUCUUGGCGACGGCUAACGCAACAUCCCUCCGUCUUAAGAACAUACAACGCCUUGCCAUCCUACCAAGGCCAUCCGUUCUACUACCGCAACCCAGGGAUGAGUCUCGGCCACCAACAAGAAGGGCUCGACGGCAUUCAGAUCUCCCCGGAUGGCAACCAUAUCUACUACUCUCCACUGACGUCCCAGAACCUUUACCGUGUCCCAACCGCGAACCUUCUCCUUCAAGACUCCCAAUCCACACUCGCCGAACAGGCUGCCUCAAACAACGUCUCCUGGCUGGGCCAGCGCGGCGGGGAAGCAAACGGCUUCGAAGGCGACUCCAACGGCUUGGUCUACAUGCUCAUGCCCACACACAAUGCUGUCUACUAUUACGACCCGGGCGAUCUGCAAGUCCACGGAUUCAUCCGUGAUCCGAGGGUUCUUUGGCCCGAUAGCGCGAGUAUUGGCGAGGACGGCUAUUUCUAUGUCAUCAUCAACCAGUUGCCAUAUCAGGAUGAGUGGAACGAUGGCGUAAACCUGAGGACGCUUCCAGGAGCGAUCCUGAGGGCCAAGUUGAUCAAUGGGGGUUCGAAGAUCAUGUCCUUGUUGUAA